AUGGUCUUCAAGUUUUCAACCGUCGAUCUCACCAAAGAUCCUCCCGAUUUCGAUCCGCCUUCGCCGCCUGCUUCUCGGUCAUCAACGAUUUGUCUGCCGCUUAAUCCUGCUAGCCGCAGUUUCAUCAAAGGUACGACAUCCCGCCAGGUAGCUGCCGGUGCUUCUCUGCGCUUGGCCAAUUCAGCUUCCAAGUUUGGUUGCUGGAGGCCAAGCGAAUCACUCCAAUGUCCAGAGGCAGGACGCCUUAAAAGGUUCACUUUCCGCGAGCUGAAGGUCGCUACCAACAAGUUCAGUGAGACAAAUAAGCUGGGUGAGGGUGGGUACGGUUGUGUGUACUAUGGAGUCUUGGUGGACGGCUCCAGAGUGGCGAUAAAAAGACUCACUAGACAUACCUCUCAAAGAUUGACACUGCGUGCUGAAGUAAAAUUGGGGAACAUGAUAUGGCAUCGGAAUCUGCUUCCGGUUCAUGGCUUGUGUUCAUCAUCGAAACAUGGAGACAUGCUCGUGUACCCUUUCAUGGUGAACGUAAGCCUAGGCAUCAAUUUAAGAGGACAGUCAACAGAGAAGCGCCCACUUGAUUGGCCCAUCAGGAAGAAGAUAGCAAUUGGAGCUGCGAGAGGGAUUGCCCAUUUGCAUGAUCUGAGGAUAAUUCACAGGGACAUUAAACCCGACAAUAUACUGCUGGAUGCGGAUUUUGAGGCUCGUGUUGCAGAUUUUGGGUUGGCCUUGUUCAUGGACGAUUACAAAGAGAAGGCUGUUUCCGAAGGAGAACCCAAUGGUGAAGACGCUUAUUUUACCGACUGCACAGCGGGAACACUUGGUUACAUGGAUCCAGAGCGCAUUACCGGAAGAUACUCAGUAAAGAGCGAUGUUUAUGGUUUCGGCGUGACACUUCUUGAACUCGUGAGCGGUCGAAGAGCUUGGAGAACAACCUGCCUCGAUGGAAAGGAACUGGUGCUGCUUCGAUGGGCACAAGCCCUUUUGAAAAACGAACAGUUGGAAAGGCUAGUCGAUACCAAUAUGCUGGGCGGCUAUAACGAGAGUGAAGUGGAGAAAACCAUUCGCCUGGCUCUACUUUGCACGCAACUGGACCCCAAAAAACGACCUUAUAUGGCUGAAGCAGUCCUAUUUCUUGAAGGAAUUAUUGGCUUGGAGAAAAGAUGGGAGGAGUAUCAACUUGAAGACGAAUUAUCUGGCCUAGAUGAUCUCUCAAUUUUGAACGACUCUACUUCUUGUCCAAGUGAAGACAAAUCAUCUGGUCCUAGAUGA